UGGCACAAGGCUGUUGUGAAUAGCCUUGUACCAUGUGACCUCUGUGAUCAUUCACAGAUUUCACACGUAGUAAGCAAUGAUGUCACAAGUGACAUCUUGCUUACUACUUUGCAUGUGAUCGCUGAUUGGCCAAUCAGUGAUCACAUGAUUGGGACCUUGUACAGAGGUCCCGUACAAUGAUCGGUGUGCCACUGGGUCCGGAGCACACAGAAGGCACCAGAUCGCGGUGCUGCGCACUCCCAGGGAGCGCGCACAAGCAGGGAGCGGGGAGGCCAUUUAUAAACGGCCACACGCCCUUGCACUGCUCCCGUUCGGCUGUUUAUAUACAUGGGCCGGACGGGAAGUAGUUAAAAGACUGUAUUC